UGGGACUACAGGUGGCAGAGGGCGCCCAGGAGGGCCAUGGCAACCACCCCGCUGCCCGGCGACGCGGCGCUGAUGACGUACCGCGGUCACGCGGUGCUGCACACUCUGAUUCGCUGCCGCUUGGCCCCGCCCCCCGGAAGUGAUGGCGGGCUCUUCCUGGGGACGGGCUGCGCCUCGGGGGCUGUGAUUGUGUACGACGUGCUGACGGGCGCCGCCGUGCGGAAGUUGCCUCAUCCCGGCGGCUGCGUCCGCGAUGUCUGCUGGCAUCCGGCCGGGGGGCGCCUCGUCAGCGCCUCGUGGGACGGCAGCGUCCGCUUGUGGGAUUUCGGGGCGGAAGCGGAGUCGCCGUAUGAUGACGUCAGCGAAAGGCGGCGGGGCGGCAAGAGGAGCGGCGCGGGAUGAUGACGUCACUCAUCGGGGAGGG